AUGGCGGGCGGCGCGGGCUGGGCGGGGGCCCCCGCGGCUCUGCUGCGCUCCCUGCGCCGCCUGCGCGAGGUGUUCGAGGUGUGCGGCCGCGACCCCGACGGCUUCCUGCGCGUGGAGCGCGUCGCCGCGCUCGGACUGCGCUUCGGCCAGGGCGAGGAGGUGGAAAAAUUUGUGAAGUAUUUAGACCCCAACGACCUGGGGAGAAUCAACUUCAAGGACUUUUGCCGAGGGGUGUUCGCCAUGAAAGGGUGUGAAGAACUUCUGAAGGAUGUCCUGUCUGUGGAGAGUGCGGGGACCCUGCCGUGUGCACCCGAGAUCCCAGACUGCAUGGAGCAGGGCAGUGACGUCUCUGGCCCUACCUUUGCUGAUGGCGAGCUCAUCCCCAGGGAACCUGGCUUCUUUCCUGAGGACGAGGAGGAGGCCAUGACACUGGCCCCCCCAGAGGGCCCCCAGGAGACAGACAUGGACAGCCCCAUGGAGAGCACCCAGGGCCUGGAGGGCUCUGUCAGGGGUCCCACCCAGGAGAAGGAGCGGAGCCUUGGGGGCCUAUUUCUGCCAGAGGACAAGUCCCUGGUUCACACUCCGUCCGUGACUACGUCAGACCUCUCCACGCACUCAUCCGCCUCACUCAUAAGCAACGAGGAACAGUUUGAAGACUACGGGGAGGGAGAUGAUGUGGACUGUGCCCCCAGCAGUCCCUGUCCCGAUGAUGAGACCAGGACCAACGUCUACUCAGAUCUGGGGUCUUCAGUGUCUUCCAGUGCGGGGCAGACCCCCAGGAAGAUGCGACAUGCAUACAACAGUGAGCUGCUAGACGUCUACUGCUCUCAGUGCUGCAAGAAGAUCAACCUGCUGAAUGACCUGGAAGCCCGGCUGAAAAACCUGAAGGCCAACAGCCCCAACCGGAAGAUCUCAAGCACGGCCUUUGGAAGGCAGCUCAUGCACCACAGUAACUUCAGCAGCAGUAACGGCAGCACUGAGGACCUGUUCCGGGACAGCAUUGACUCCUGUGACAAUGACAUCACUGAGAAGGUGAGUUUCCUGGAGAAGAAGGUGACGGAGCUGGAGAAUGACAGUCUGACCAGUGGGGACCUGAAGAGCAAGCUAAAGCAGGAGAACACACAGCUGGUGCACAGGGUGCACGAGCUGGAAGAGAUGGUGAAGGAUCAGGAGACAACAGCUGAGCAGACAUUGGAGGAGGAGGCCCGGCGACACCGCGAGGCCUACAGCAAGCUGGAGCGGGAGAAGAGCACUGAGCUAGAGCUGCUCAACACCAGGGUGCAGCAAUUAGAGGAAGAAAAUACUGAACUUAAAACAACAGUGACGAGGCUCAAGUCACAGACAGAGAAACUGGAUGAGGAGCGGCAGCGCAUGUCGGACCGGCUGGAAGACACCAGCCUUCGGCUCAAGGAUGAGAUGGAUCUGUACAAGCGCAUGAUGGACAAGCUACGGCAGAAUCGCCUGGAGUUCCAGAAGGAGCGAGAGGCGACACAGGAGCUCAUUGAGGACUUGCGUAAGGAGCUGGAGCACCUGCAGAUGUACAAGCUGGACUGCGAGCGGCCAGGCAGGGGCCGCAGUGCAUCCGGCCUGGGCGAGUUCAAUGCCAGAGCCCGUGAGGUGGAACUAGAGCAUGAGGUCAAACGGCUGAAGCAGGAGAAUCAUAAGCUGCGGGAUCAGAAUGAUGACCUGAAUGGACAGAUCCUGAGCCUCAGCCUCUACGAAGCAAAGAACCUCUUCGCUACCCAGACCAAAGCCCAGUCUCUGGCUGCAGAAAUUGACACAGCCUCCAGAGAUGAGCUAAUGGAAGCCCUAAAGGAGCAGGAAGAGAUCAACUUCCGGCUGCGGCAGUACAUGGACAAGAUUAUCCUGGCCAUCCUGGACCACAACCCCUCCAUCCUGGAGAUCAAACACUGAGACAGGGCAUGGUUGCAGGGCGGCCUUGGAGCCCCAGGACUGAGGGGCAGGCCUGCCCAAGGGUGCAGGCCAGGGCCCCACACUCAUGCUGUAAAUGUACCUCUGGCCACCACGCGGGCUGUGUGCUGGCGCAUGUGUGGGAGGUCAUGAGUGGAAGCGAGGCGUGAGCGUGGGGUUGGGGCUGUGCGCGCACUUGGUGGCUCCUCUGCAGGAGUCAGAAGGUCCUGGAAGUGGGAGGGGCAAGGAGUGCUCUCAGGAAUUCCUGUCACAGAAAGAACUGGAAGCGUGGAUUUCAGAUACUGGAUAAAAUGACUACCUCGGAGCAUCAGAAUUUAGAAAACACUAGGGAGUUGGGGUGGGUGGGUGCUCUCUUCCCCUCCCCCCAGGAGUGGGAGCAAAAUUGUGAGCUGCUUUAGGAGUUUGGGUCCCCUCACCAGCCUCUUUGGCCACCUUUUGCUUCCAGGAGUUGAAGCUGCCAGAAGAGAAAGGGAUGCAGGUGUGUGGGGUCCAGAGGAUGCGGGUUUAUGGAGCAGCUGGCACGAGCCAUCCUCAUUCAGCCGGGAUGUUGGCAUUUGGGAGUUUUCUGGGUCCUCCCUAUCCUUGUGUACCUACCUCCCCUUCCAUGUCUGGCUUCAGUUCAUUUGUCUGACAAUGAGGGUAGAAGGGUGAAGAAGAAAGGAAGGCCAAGAAGAAGGGGGGUAGAGUGGGAAGUGUCAGAAGCAGGUGCUGAUACUGGGUAGCCUGAAAAGUGAUUUCCCAGGAAGACUGUGGCUCCCACAGCUGCAUCUUGACACGUGCACAGCCAACCUGGUGCCGCUCAU